CGGAAGCAUUGAGGUGUGGGAGAGGAAGAAGAAGGGCCGAAGGGCUCGGGCGAAGCAGCCAUUAGGAAAGUGCUGAUGCAGAGGUUCACUUGUGUCUACGGGCAGAGUUGGAGGAGUUGCUGUUCGCGGACAAAGGCGGUAGGAGGGAGUGGAGCUUUGUAGAAGCCUAAGCCUGUCUCGCUGGGUGUCUGCGUUUCAUUCCCUGUCAAGCUGCUGGGGAAAAGCAGGGGAGCGCCGAGCUGCAGCGCUGCUCAGGAUCAGAUAGAGAGGAAACCAAUAGCAGAGGGGGAAAAGAAAUAAUUAAAAAAAGAAGGAAAAAAAAAAUCAACAAACCACCAACCCAGGCAACCACCCGCCCUGCACGCUGGGGCUGAGGCAGAAACGUCCCUGCCAACUCCACAGCAGAGAAGUCGUCCCUCCCCGGGCAGGAGCGGAGUUGAACCCGAAGGAUAUUUGAUGACACUUUGGCAACGAUGGGCCCCCCAGCAUCUUCCAGAGCCCAUCUGAGGGUGAAGCCUCUGAGAGCGCAGAGGGAGUUUGAAGCUAAAUGCACCUGAGUCUGGAUCUGUUGGCUGCUGGGAUUUAUCUCUUUCAUUAUUUUUCUCCGGGGGGGAAACCAAACCGACAAAAAAAACCCCGUGAUCUAUUUUUUCAAACUCCCUCUUUUUUUUUUUUUUUUUUUUUUUUUUUCCUCCUCCUUUUGGAAGAAGAUUUUUUUUUUCUUUCUUUGGAUGGUCGCAAUGGAAGGGUUGGGUCUGUGCCUGACAAGCAGCAGCCGAACGCCAGCACUGGGAGGACGCGGUGCGGACGUGGGGUCCCCGGCCAGCUAACUCUGCAGGACCUGCACCACCCCGGGGCCCCCGGGGGGGGCUGGAUGCAGUGAGAGAGCCUCUCACGGGACGCUUGUGGUGACGUGGCUGCCAAGACGUGGAAGUGUGGGACUUCUCCUCCACUGCACCAGAAUUUGGGGGGUGGGCAGGGGUGGGCCAGGGGGACACUGGGAGUCACAAGACCCUUCCCCUUCACUGUGGGCUUGGCUCAGGGAUGACUGCAGGCAGGGUCAACCCUUACAGCAUAGUGUCCUCCGAGGAAGACGGACUGAGGUUGACCACCAUGCCAGGGAUUAACGGUUUUGGCAAUGGGAAAAUCCACACCAGGAGGAAAUGCAGGAACAGGUUUGUAAAGAAGAAUGGUCAGUGCAAUGUGGAGUUCACCAACAUGGAUGACAAGCCACAGAGGUACAUUGCAGACAUGUUCACCACGUGCGUUGACAUCCGUUGGAGGUAUAUGCUCUUGCUCUUCUCCCUGGCAUUUCUGGUAUCCUGGUUAUUGUUUGGGCUGAUUUUCUGGCUAAUUGCACUCAUUCAUGGAGAUCUAGAAAACCCAGGUGGAGAUGAUACCUUCAAGCCUUGCGUUCUGCAGGUCAAUGGCUUUGUGGCUGCUUUUCUGUUCUCCAUCGAGACCCAAACGACUAUUGGUUACGGCUUCCGCUGUGUGACAGAGGAGUGCCCUCUCGCAGUCUUCAUGGUGGUGGUUCAGUCCAUCGUGGGGUGUAUAAUUGACUCUUUCAUGAUUGGUGCAAUAAUGGCAAAGAUGGCCAGGCCUAAAAAAAGGGCCCAGACGUUACUUUUCAGUCAUAAUGCAGUUGUGGCAAUGAGAGAUGGAAAACUCUGCCUGAUGUGGAGAGUCGGGAAUCUCCGGAAAAGCCACAUAGUAGAAGCCCACGUACGAGCUCAAUUAAUUAAGCCCAGAAUCACGGAAGAAGGGGAGUACAUCCCACUCGACCAAAUAGACAUCGACGUGGGGUUUGAUAAAGGCUUGGACCGUAUCUUUUUGGUGUCCCCCAUUACGAUUCUCCAUGAGAUCAACGAAGACAGCCCUCUGUUUGGGAUCAGCCGCCAGGACUUGGAGACGGACGACUUUGAGAUUGUGGUCAUCCUCGAAGGCAUGGUAGAAGCCACCGCGAUGACGACACAAGCUCGGAGCUCCUACCUGGCCAGCGAGAUCCUGUGGGGCCAUCGCUUUGAGCCUGUCUUGUUCGAGGAGAAAAACCAGUACAAAGUAGACUAUUCUCACUUCCACAAAACAUACGAGGUCCCGUCCACGCCCCGCUGCAGCGCCAAGGACUUGGUGGAGAACAAAUUCCUGCUGCCCAGCACCAACUCCUUCUGCUAUGAGAACGAGCUGGCCUUCAUGAGCCGUGAUGAGGAUGAGGAGGAUGAUGACAGCAGGGGUUUGGAUGACCUGAGCCCAGACAACAGGCACGAGUUCGACCGGCUUCAGGCAACGAUAGCGUUGGAUCAGAGGUCAUACCGGAGGGAGUCAGAAAUAUGACUCUUGAUCCUCUCAUUGACUUUUCUGAGGGUAUUUUUUUUCCUCCUCUAAUCUCUUCCCCUACAACCCGCUCAAAUUAUGCAGAACAAUGCAAGUGCCAUAGGAAUGCUUGAGAAAUUAGUCUUGUUCCUAGUUUUCAGUUUCAUCGCAAUAACCACUGAGCGGUCUGCAGGAGGGGACGGGGCAGGCACUGCGCUCCCCACACCCUGGGGGGGUUGGAGGGGUCCCGGGGCACAUGUGUCCCAUACUGGCUGCAGGGCUGGGCUCUCCCCAUGGGGAAAGCGCGAACGUCUUCUUGGAGCCGAGAUCCAAAUAGAGGAAAAAUCAGGAAACAAACCUUUAUCUUUCUUUUUUUUUUUCCUUUUUUCUUUCUUUUUUUUCCUAUAACUGAGCUGCAACACAAUAAGAAUUGCUCCUUCCAGCAGGCAGUGUGAUUCAGUUGCACAAGAACAACACUUGAAAUACCAUGCAACGUUAACGUAUUUCUUUUUAAUUUGGGGAAAGGUGAGGGGAGGGAGGCGAGAGGGUUUCUAAUUUUUUUUUCAACGUAACCUUUGGGAGACUGUUUACCAAGAUAAUAAUAACAAUAAUAUUACUAUUAGUAAUAAUAAUAAUAUUAAAUCUGAAAGAAAUGAUUUGGUAUUUUUUAAAAGCGAGCGAGGGAAUGAAUAAGCCGCAGGGGUCUCUUGAGUGGUGACUUGCUGGGUAGAUGCAGGAGCUCAAAGCCAAGGCAGCAUCUGAUUUUGGGGUGGAUUUUUUUUCCACUGGCACUGCUUCAUAGGCAGAAAACAGAUGUAAGUGGCUGCAGGUCCGUGGCAGUGAAAGCAAGUAGUGUAAUUACCAGCAAAGUAGCUAAUAAGGAAAAGCCAGACUGCUGUAGAGAGAACCCUUGUAAACACAAUAAUUAGCCACAUUCUGGAAAUAUUGAUCUUCAGGGUGGAAAUUGGGCCUGGGGCGUCAGCUGCUGAAGUGCUGCGUCUCCGGUGGGGAAUUCAUAACUUCCACCAGAACUAGGAUGAAAAAAUGAAAAGCACAAAAGGCAGACUGGAAAGCUCUCGAAUUUGGGUAUUUUCCCAUUCCACCAACCAAUUUGGUACUUUCUCCUUCAAAGAACUAUCUGAAAUGUGGAAAUCAAGGUGAAAUGUGUCUUUGCUGGGUUGCAUCUCAUGUAGCCCAGAAGUAGGAUGUGAGCAUUGUCCGUGCCGCCUCUGCCAGGCUGGGAUUUAUGAAUUCCCCAUUCACUGGAGAGUUCUGUUUGGAGAUGGAUUCUUUUCCAAAACCAACAGAUGCCAGUCAGGAAACUCACAGGUGUCCUGCACAUCACCCCGUCCCCAUGUCCCAGCCUUGAGGUGGAUUGUGCCUUAGAGAUGCAAACUCAUGCGCGCUCAUCCCACACCCAUCCCACCCAUUCCCAUCACUCUGUCCCACCAUCUGCUGCCCUUUGGGCUGGUCUUGUUUGCACGCUGGUUUGCCUUUUACUACCAUAGAAUCAUAGAAUCGUUAAGGUUGGAAAAGACCACUAUGAUUACUAGUUCCAACCGUCAACCCAUCCACCACCAUGCCACCAAACCUUGUCCCUACUAUGCCAUGAGGCAAACUGUGCCGUGCAUGGAAGCCUUCUCUCCCUUUGCAAGGAGGGAAGUUGUGAAGAUGUAGCUCACUGCUCCCCUCACGCUGGAGAUGGAUAUGGCUCCCUGUGCUGCAAGAAGGGCUGGGGUCUUGCACCCAGCUUCAGCCAUAAGGGCUUGGGAGAGGGGUCUGCAGCAGUGCUUCAGCUCUCUGGGCUCUUGGCACAUUCCUCUCCCCAUCCCACUACAGGCAAGCUAUGUCCAGGCGUUAUAGCCUAGUCUAAAUGCCAGCAGCACAGGCAGGAUUUGACCUCAGCCCUCAUCCCCCAUCUCGUUUUGGCAAAGACUGUCCCAAAGAGGGCUGUCCCACAAACUGGGGAUGCACUGGGACUUGCCAUUGGGCACCAUCCACGACUUUCAUCUUUCUGAUGAAGUGACACAUUGCCAUCCCAUCAUCUGUCCCUUUGCACCAAGGGGGAUGGUUUUGCCCCCCGUGUUUUGCCCCACAGCAUCCAGGGGGGUGGGCAGGGCAACAGGGAGGGGGCAGAGAGAUUUUGUGUGUGCACUACUUAUUUAUUUUUUUAAAGAAAUGCUUUUAAGUGGUUUUAGGUUCUUUUGAAUAACUAAUAACUCUAUUAAAAGGUGCACAUCUUGCUGCUGUAGGAUUCUCAGAGGGUUAAUUUCUUUAUAAAUAUAUAUAUCUCAUGGUAAAUAUUUGUACAAAAAGAAAAAAAAAGUGGGGGGAGGGGGGGGGAAGAGAAAUAGAGAUGUCUUUAAGUAAAUUAUUGCUUUUAAAGGAACUUAUAUGAUUGUACAGUGUUACCUGGGAGAGUAGAAUAAUAUAUACAGAAGUAUUUUUAAACUACUGCAUAGGGAGGUGGAAGGUGGGGGGGUGGGGGGGAAGGUUGAGCCCAGAGAGGCCAAUUUGGGGCUCUCCUCUGUUUGUGUGGAUGCAUCCCCCCCCUAAACCCCACUGUGAGGCUCUAGCUCUGGUGAGUUGUUGUAUCUGCACAGUACAGUCCUUAUUCCAGACAUGGGUGUGCUGGUACAUGGUGUACAGAUAUCAUUUUUGCUUAUUGUGAAUGCUCAGAGCUCCUGGUUGCUUUAUGACCACCACGGAGCACAGUGGAGUCUGCCUCAGUUGGUGGUUUUAUUACAUGCAUUGUGAAAGAGAAUUGGGAAAAAAAAAGACAACAAAAAGCCCCAACGUGGUGGUAGCUCCAAGGAAUGCAUUGGGAUGCUCUCAGGGUCUGGGUUCUGGUGUGGGAGCCCCCAGGAGGGCUGCUCAGAGCUGAGGUGGGGGACUCCCCAAUCAUCCCCUGUCAAGACCAUGGAAUACAGCUGGCAUUACACUGAUCCUUGGAGGAUGGGGGAAGUGAGGAAAGCACAUCCCCACUCACCCGCCUGGCAGCAUCCUAUGCUGCAUGCCCAUAGCCCCCAGCAGCCCUGGGUCAGUGUGAGCCUUGGGUCCUCAUAACCCAACGGAGUGCACUUCUCUGUCGUUAGGGCUGGGACAAUCACUGAGCGCUUCACCUCCCACAAUGUGGUGCCUGCUCAACCUUCAAACCUUUUGUAGGAAAUGAAUCCAGAGCCACCUUUUCUAUCUUUAAUAAGGCAGAACAGAUACGUUUUAUUUUUAAACCCUCCUGCUCUUCUCCUUUCUUUGUGUGCUGACAACCAAAAGAACCCCCCUCCCCCCAAUCCCACUCCAUUGCCCCAUUUCUGUGCUUGAGUGUGUGGCUGGAUUCUGCUCUGCCACCCCCCCCCAAUUCAGGGAUGUUGCCACUGGGGGUGGGCGCAGGGCUGGGUCUGGACACCUUCCAGCUGUGCACAUCUGUCCUGCUGCCCCCAUCCCCAGGGUGGGUACCACCUUGGAAAAGCCCCAUCUUCCCUCCUCCACCCCCAAAACAUGCACCUCAGGGCUCCCUCCGUCUCUGCCCCAUGCAAUGUGGGGACUGAGGCUGGCCCCCAGUUUGGCAACUGGGAGCACUGGUUUCCCAGGGGUUAAAUGGCAGCGUCAGUUUGCUGGGGCCACAGUGAUGUGCAGCAGUAGCAAAGUGAUGGAUGCAAUGAAAGUCUCUGUACCUUCUCCACCUCCAGUGUUUCUCUGUCUCAUUGCACAUAUAUUUGAGAUAUAUGUGACAAUGUAUAUAUAUAUUUGUAAAAUGUAUUUCAAAUGACAAAAGAAAAAAAAA